GCUGGUAGAAUUUGUUUGUGAUUUUAUUUACUCCGGAUUUUACGAAAGUAUAGAAAUAUUUCUGAUAACAUUUAAUUUGUGUCCACUUGCGCAUAUUUUCAUUAUUAAAUCUAUAGAAUAAUUUAAACAUUAAGUUUGAAGCAGAACUUUGAGAAUUUCUUGCUGUUAAAAUCUUCAUAGAGUUAAAAAAGAAACACUAUGGCAAAUAACGAAAUUAAAUUCAAAAGUUUUAAAUGGUCCAAAGACACAACGGCGCUGUUGAUUGCUUUGAUAAGACAAAAUUACAAACAAUUACAAUGUGGCGUAAAGAAAAUUACUUUUCAACAAAUUGCACAGGAAAUUAACAAUCAAUUUGAAACAAACUUGGCUUAUGAUCAAGUUGAAUCAAAAUGGAAAGGUCUAAAGAAAACAUACCUAAAGAUGAAAGGUUCGAAAACAAAAUUGAGUUGGGAGUUUUAUGAACAAAUUGAUGAAAUUCUUAAAGCUGAAAUAUACUCCUCACUGACUGCAAAUUGUGAUAAUGCCUUUACUACUGGCUUUGAAACAAAGUUCGAUUUUGUUGAAUACACUAUAGAGCCGAAGAGUUCCACUUUUCGACAAUCUCGAAAAAGACGUAGAGAUCAUAGUGAUGAAGACCACAGUGAACAGGAAAUAUAUAGCAGUGCUGAGGACGUGAGUGGUGGAACGCAUAAAAGUCAGAUUAGUAAAGGUCCAGUAUUUCGCAAAGAAGACAGUGAUGAAAGAGGAGUUCGGAGGUCUAAAGUUAUUGACACAGAUCGAUAUAGCAAAGCAUGUCGUAGUCGUCCAAUAAGUGAAGAUGAACGGAAUGAUUACGAAUGCAGCGGAUGUAAAAGAAAUCAUAAUUGUUAUGAAAGUAUAGAGGAUGCCAGAGAAAGACGGCAUCAAGAAAAAAUGAAAAUGGCUAGAAAGUUUCUUGAAAUUUUCGAGAGAAUGGUAGAUAAAAUGUAAUACAUAAUGGUUAUAAUGUACAAUUUUAUAUUAAAGAAUAGUUUUUAUUUAAA